AUGUCCACCUCACGAUCCCUCCAUCGGUCCGCCCCUUCCUCGCUAGCUCAAGUGCAGAAUAUAGCCGCCACAUCUGCCUUUCCCGCACCUCACCCGUUGCGUCUACAACCACCCUCGGCGGAAGAGGAGGCAGCCGACUUUCAGCGCAGCUGUGAUGAGGUGCAAGCCUUCUUCGACUCACCUCGCUUCAAGGGCAUCAAGAGGCCCUAUCCUCCCUCGGCCGUAGUGUCCAAGCGAGGGUCUAUCGCUGCUACUCCACCUCAGUCUUCGCUCAUGGCCGACAAGCUCUUUUCUCUCCUACGUCAUCGCUUCUCAAAGGGAGAGCCAGUGCACACCAUGGGCGCAAUAGACCCUGUGCAGCAAUCCCAGAUGGCAUACCACCAAGAAGUGACCUACGUGAGCGGAUGGGCAUGCAGCAGUGUUCUCACCACUUGCUCCAACGAAGUCGGUCCCGAUUUGGCAGAUUACCCUUACACUACUGUUCCGAACCAAGUACAGCGUCUCUUCAAGGCACAGUUGCACCACGAUCGAAAACACUGGGAUGAGAGGUGUGAGCUGCCAAAGGAGAAGAGGGAAAAGACGCCUUGGGUGGAUUAUCUGAGACCGAUCAUUGCUGAUGCUGAUACCGGACAUGGAGGGCUGACGACGGUAAUGAAGCUGGCCAAGCUCUUUGCCGAGAAUGGAGCAGCGGCCAUUCAUCUUGAAGAUCAGCUGCAUGGUGGUAAGAAGUGUGGUCACCAAGCAGGAAAGGUCUUGGUUCCCACCUCGGAGCAUGUCAAUCGCCUCAAUGCCACCCGUCUGGCCUGGGAUGUCCUCGGCUCUUCCAACCUAGUCAUCGCCCGCACAGACUCGGAGUCUGGCAAGCUCAUCUCUAGCAACAUCGACGUGCGUGAUCACGAAUUCAUCAAGGGCGCCUACAAUCUCCCCUCUGAUACCCUCUCCCUCGCUGAAAGUCUGUCGAGGGCAGAAAGCGAAGGCAAAGUAGGUGCACAGGUGGACAAGGUGGAAAAGGAGUGGAUGGACAAGUGCGACCUUUGCACUUUCGACGAAGCUGUUGCCAAGCACAAUGCAUCGAAUACUUCUGGGCUUGAAGAGUACAAGAAGCAAGUAGGUGUAGAGGGAGGUGUGUCGAAUACUCAGGCACGCAGAAUUGCUCAUGACAUCUUUGGAGCAGAAGGCGUGCCGCACUGGGACUGGGAAGCGCCUCGCACAAAGGAAGGCUACUUCCACUUCACCGGUGGGCUGGCACCGGCUAUCAAGCGUGUCAAGAUCUUUGCACCGUAUGCGGACAUGCUCUGGCUCGAGACGAAGACGCCGGAUCUGAAGGAGGCGCAGGGAUUUGCGAGCAAGAUUCACGAGACGUACCCGGAUAAGAUGCUCGUGUAUAACUUGAGCCCAUCAUUCAAUUGGAGCGCUCAUGGGUUCAGUGAGGACGACCUACGCAACUUCAUCUGGGACCUCGCCCAGUCCGGCUUCGUACUCCAGCUCAUCUCCCUCGCCGGCCUACACUCGACGGGAAUGAUCUCUGCUGAACUCGCAAAGGCUUACAAGACUGAUGGAAUGCAAGCCUACGUGAACCUAAUCCAACGUCGCGAAAAGGAAAUCGGUACCGAUGUCCUCACACACCAGAAGUGGAGCGGAGCAGCUCUGAGCGAUCGUAUGAUUCAGACCGUUUCGAGUGGAUCGAGUGCGACGAGUGCCAUGGGUGCUGAUUCGACGGAGAAUCAGUUCAAGUAG